AUGCUGCCGGUACCGGUAGAACCAGCUGGGAUGUGUGCUUCCGACUCCCUGGCAUACAUAACCAAGAACAACAGUCAGGUGCAGGACAACUCCUCCUCAGGCAUGGUCGCUGCGCUGCACGAGACAUCGAAUGAUCGCAAUGAGGAGGCGCAGUGUGCUGACGCACUCCGUUUGCUUGAGGACUACCCGGAGCCGUUGACAGCAACACAACGCGAGUCGCUGCACCGACACACCGCAGCGCUGGUUCGGCGCUUCACUGCUGUGCGAAAGGGUACACGCGUCAUUGAGCGCGGCUACAGGAGUCUCUUGUCCCUCUUGUCGAGACUAGAAGGCGAGCGGUCGCGCCUUCAGGCUUCGCUUGACAACUUGUUGAAGCCUGACGAGACUCCAACACAAGCGAGCACGACUACAGAACAGCCACAACGCCCCACAGCAACAGUGACUGCGGCUCCGGGUGGAAGUAGCAGCAGGAGGACAGGUGGCCUACUGCGAUCGGCGGCGUUCGCCAACCUGCAUAACGUUCUUAACGCCGCCAAGCGGGAGGAGCAGGAGCGGCACAGGUUGAAUAUUACGCUGGAGAGGGAGAAGAUUGGCAAGAUGGCACAGCUGAAGAUCAUCGAGGACGACCUUGCGGAGCAGAAAGGGCAUCUGGAGCCCCUCGCCGAUAAGUACCAGAAAAGCGAUGCUAUUCUGAAGGCGAUGCAGGCAGAGGUCAUUGAAGCUUUACGUCUCUACGAGGAAAUGCAGCGGAUGGAGGUUGCGUACGCCUCACGCUUUUUCCUGCACGCCUCCGGCUCCCAAGAGGGCGAUGACGGUGCAGAAGCCGUGAUGUAUGACGUGUUUUUUGUCCCAGCCAAGUUCACGGAAGAAGUGCAGGACAUGAUCCGCGAGCAAGUUGAAGAGACACUUGAUGAGUAUCUUUCGUACCGACGUCGCGUCGAUCCGUUGCUGGAGUCACUUGCGGAAGAGCGGCGUCACCGUGAGGAGAAGCGGGCGGAUCAACUCCUGCGACUCAUCGGUGUCGACACCAGUGGUACUGCGGUGGGAACCACCAGUGACUUAGCCCUCACUCCACAGCUGACACUGACGACGGCCCCUGUUACGUUCUCCGUUCUCUCAGCCAAGAAGGAUGGGUCCGCAGGGGCUGGCCAAAUAAGCGAUGCAGAGGAGGAAGAUGAUAAUGACGAUGAGGAUGACACUGCCGGUGAGCCACAGGAAAAGAAACAACGAGACCAAAUUCAAUCCGCUCUUGCUGCACUUGACGAUUUUGAGGAUCUUUAUUGA